CCAAGAAUGAAAAUUAGGUCUCUUGUUAGAAACAAAAAGGGGAUCGAGUUCUGCAGCAGUUCGAGCCAUGAAAUGCUAGUUCUCUUGCCACCAGCCAAGGGUCCGACGGUCAUUUAUCAGAGAUAAAAAUCUCCAUUCAAAACCAACCAAGGUGUACGAGUGUUGUGGUGUUUAUGAACAGAGUUCAAUGGAGACUUGGAUCAAAUUCUGGAGUUAACAAUUGGUCGGGAGAAGCUGUUGUAGAGAUGGAUUCUCUCCGGUGUUUGGGGUGAAUCAGUGUCUCAAGUUCGCGAAGAAGUUAUAGCUCAGGUUGCAGGCUGAGUUGGGAUUCAAAAUGAUGAAAAGUUGGUGGAGUUUGAAGACUAAUUGAACCAGAGAAGAUAAUGAUGCCGCUGUUGAUGUUGGGGACUGAAUUUAAGUGUGUUUGAACGAUUGAAUGAUUGGGUUUAUGUUGAACGUGAAAUUGUCACAGGGAAGGUCUCUCUCCAUCAAAUGUGUGGCUUAGAAAUCACUAGCAACGCUCUCCCUCCAUUAACAGAGUCAGUGCACACAGAGUGUUCGAUUAAAGGCCUGAAAGACCUUUUCUUUACCACUUCAAGCUCAGCUGCUGUGACUUAUUCUGGGGAUUAAUAGUGGUGCUUGUGUGGAUGUGUACAGUGGGUUUUAAUUUCAGAAGUCUGGUGAAGGACUUAAUGAAGCCAUGGCUGUUGGUGUACACAGGGCUGUUUGGCAGAAACCUGAGAUGAACAAGGAAGUCGGGUAUAAGCUGAAUUCAGUAAUGGAAGCAAAGGUGAUUAUGGAGAUGUGGUUCAAACUUGUGGCAGUCUGACUGAGUUUACUGAAACCCAGUUGAGAAGAGAGCAAGAUCAUGGGUUUGUUUAUGGCAGCCAAGUUACUGGAAUUCCGUGGAGUUUGGAGUAUUGGGUUGUAUUUCAGCCGGCAAAACAAUGAGGAAACUGAACUGAUGUUGCUAGUUAGCCAUGGUUCAUGGCAGAGGUGGUUUAGCUUAACUUUAGUGGGGGUUCUGAUCUUACUUUGAUGCCAGUAGGUCAUUGGAAGAAGGUGACUCUCUGUAGCUGGUUACCGCGAGCCUAUGGGGCUAUGUGUGAAGGGUACUGGCGCUGGCUAUCAACAACAGGAAAAGAAGAUUUUGGGUAUGAAUCAGGAGAAGAUUUGGGUCCGUUAGAUUCGAAAUUGCAGGACAAGGUACCAUAAAUCAUUGGUUUUGCGUGUGCACAAUUGGGAAUAAGAGGUAAGUCUCUAAACGAGUUGUGUGCAUAAGUUUUCAAGAUAUAUCCUUUUGGGAACAAUACAUAUGGUUCACAAGACCAAGCAUACUAUGGUAAUAAUUCUAUUUUCAAUCUCACUCUUACAAUAUCUUCCAACCAUAUGUGGGAUAUAAUCAAAACCAAUCUUUUGGUUAUGAUGACUAUUCUACGAGACCUUGUGAUUAUUCUCGUACAUAGCAACAACCUUUUGGUAGUUAUGUAAGUGAAAAAUCACAAGGAUGGGGGAUAGUUAUACUUCUCAUACGUUCCAAUCUAAUUUCUUGCAGAUGUCUAAUGAAUUCAUGGAUUUGCGACGUACAUGGAACCAGAUUAACUCAACUCCCAACGUGCCGAGUUUCGUACCAAGUGAAACAUAUGAUAAUGUAUUUAGACCUGUUCCGGAUCUUACUUAUGAUCUUUCACCCAUUCAAUGGGAAGAGACAUGGUCUAAAGAACCUAUUGUGAGUAGUAGCGGAAAACGUGUUAACAUAAAGAAACUCUUUAGACAAUAUGAGCAGUUGGAAGAAGAGGGAGCAACGGAAGAGAUUCUUCAAACAAUUUCUAGGGCCAUACAUGAUGAGGUUAACCGCCAUGUUGAUAUGGAGAAGAGCCCCAAGAAGAAGAUUCCGAGGAUGAUGAACCCUUGGAAAAUGUUGAUAAUGAAGGUGCUACUAGCUCAACUCAUGAUCAUAAUGAUCAUUCUCAUUCAAAAGGAAGAAGUUGAGUCUAAAAACACUAAAGUUAUUAAUGAUAAGACUUAUGUUGUGUGUGAGAGCGAUGAUGAUUAUGACUUCUUUGUGAACAACACCCUUAAUUCAGAGAUUGUGAAUACUUUGAAUGAGAAGUCCAUUUGUGACGAAGCACAUAAGGAUUACGAUAAUUUGCUUAUGGAAGAUUCUGAUUUCUUUUCCGAUGAGGAGGACUUGGAUAUAGAAGAAACUGAUGAAGAAUUGCUCGUAAAGAGUUUGAAUGAUAAUUGUGAUUCUUGUGAUGUAGGAGAAUCAAUGGACUUUUUCAGAAGUACUGAGGAUCCCGUAAUGCGUGAGAUUAUGCGAGGUUUGUCUAACCCUUCACAUGAAUCUCCAUCUAAUGAUGAUCCUCCCAAACUUGAAGUAGUUUCUCAAAGAGUUGUUAAUACAUCUUUUAGGAAGAUACCUCAUUUGGGCUGGAAUUAUGUGCUUCUAAAGUUCUUUCCGAAUUUCUUGUUUCCAAGUAUCCACCAUAUGUAUUGAGUCUAACACCAUGUAGGUUUUCCAAAAGGAACGAAUAGAAGUGCCUUCCACUUAUGUUUUGUAUACACUUUCGAAUGUAGAAAAGACUAAGUGUGGAGGUAACUCUCAUGGGAUGAUAGUUUCACUUUUCCCACAAUUUAUUAAUAUUUUUGUGAAGCGAUUGUUGUAUAUGCAGAUUGUUUUGUGGGUGGAUCCUCAAAUUUUCAGAUUGUUGAUAUAUGGGGAGUCUAUUUUGAAUGAUUCUCAUAUGCGUCAAUCAGGUGAACAAUUCCAAUUCUUACUUCCUUGUCUUUUUCAAGUAUUCAUCUUAUUAUUUUUGCAAUGGUUUGAAACAUUGAGGAUAAUGUUUGAUUGAAGUGUGGGGGUAGGGUAUAAUAAGAACGAAAAUUGACGUAUAUAAAACUCCAACUUUAAGAGAUUUUUGAACAAUUUAGAAUAAACACUAGCCUUUCUAAGUAGAUGGAAUUUUUUCUUGACGAUGAGGUAUAUAUUGGCUGAGUCGGGAUUAGAUUCCAACUAAAUAGAUUGUUUAGUGUUUAUCCUCUAUUGUUCAGAAAUAACUAUGAGUUGGAGUAUGAGUUUAUGUAAUUUGUAUAUAAUUUGUAGAGUUUGAUGCCUUUAGUUAAAAAAAAUAAUAAAAAAAUUUGCAUGAUAAACUUCAAAAUCUAGAAACUUAUGCCUUCAGGAUGACACGAAACAAUAUAAGCGUAUGGAACCAUCUUGAUGGCAGGAUUUGAGGAACCCAUUAACUAAAAAAACAGAGCUCGGGUGUUAGAAAUUAUAUGAUAGUUGUUACCAUAUCUCGAAAUCGUCACCAUAUCACU